CAGGGAAGUGUCAGACUUUGAAACGAGGAAGAGAUCUUCAUCUCCAGAUCCCAGCUGUGUGUCUCUGAAGAGCGAUGGAUCCAUGAAUCCUCCUCCUGAAUUCAGUGAUGGAGCAGUGACCUCUGACCCCAGCAGGGGGAGUCAGAGAGCAGCAUCUCCUCAACCCAGUUGUGUGUCUAUGAAGAGCAGUCGAUCCAGAGUUCAUCCUCCUGAAUUCAGUGAUGGACCAGUGACCUCUGACCCCAGCAGGGGGAGUCAGAGAGCAGCAUCUCCUCAACCCAGUUGUGUGUCUAUGAAGAGCAGUCGAUCCAGAGUUCAUCCUCCUGAAUUCAGUGAUGGACCAGUGACCUCUGACCCCAGAGAUGAUCAGACUGGAGACCAGGAUUCUCCUCAAGCUGUAGAUGAUGAACUACAGAGAGUCAAAGACCAGCUCAAAACCAGCAUGAAGAACAAGUAUGAGAGAUUAUUUGAGGGUCUGAAACUCCAGGAGAAUGAAACCCUCCUGAACAUGAUCUACACACAGCUCUACAUCAUAGAGGGAGAAAGUGAAGGAGUGAAUGAACAACAUGAGAUUUUACAGAUGGAGAAAACAGCCAGAACACAACACUCACAAGACACUCCAAUCUACUGCAAUGACAUCUUUAAAGCCUCACCUGAACCAGGAUGUGAGGAGAAACACCAGAUCAAGACUGUUCUUACUAAAGGCAUCGCUGGAAUCGGAAAAACCGUCUCUGUGCAGAAGUUCAUUCUGGACUGGGCCGAGGGAAAAGCCAAUCAGGAUGUAGAUUUCAUGUUUGUGCUUCCAUUUCGAGAGCUGAACUUGAUCCGAGAUCAUCAGUACAGUCUUCACAGACUUCUGCUGGACUUUCAUCCUGAACUCCAAGAUCUGGACUCAAAGAUUUAUGAGGACUGUAAAGUUGUGUUCAUCUUUGAUGGUCUGGAUGAAAGCAGAAUCACAUUGAUGUUUUCAGAUGAUGAGAAAGUUUCUGAUGUGACUGAGACUUCAUCAGUGGGUGUGUUGAUGUCAAAGCUCAUGACAGGAGAGCUGCUUCCCUCUGCUCUCAUCUGGAUCACCUCCAGACCAGCAGCAGCCAAUCAGAUCCCCUCCAAAUACAUCAACUGUCUGACAGAGAUUCAGGGAUUCAAUGAGCUUCAGAAGGAGGAAUAUUUCAGGAAGAGAAUCAGUGACGAGCAUCAAGCCAGCAGAAUCAUCUCACACAUCAGAAGAGCAAGAAGCCUCCACAUAAUGUGCCACAUACCCGUCUUCUGCUGGAUCUCAUCCACUGUGCUUCAGAAGCUCCUGAAAGAAGGUCUGAGUGCAGAAAUCCCUCAAACUCUGACUGAAAUGUACAUCCACUUCCUGCUGAUUCAGAUCAACAUGAGGAAUCAGAAGUAUGAAGAGAGAGAUCCAGAGAAACUGCUGCAGUCCAACAGAGAAGUGAUUGUGAAACUUGCUGAAGUGGCUUUCAAUCAGCUGAUGAAGGGCAAUGUGAUGUUCUAUGAGGAGGACCUGAGAGAGAGCGGCAUAGACGUCACUGACGCCUCAGUGUAUUCUGGGAUUUGCACUGAGAUCUUUAAGGAGGAAUCUGUGAUUCAUCAGAGGAAAGUCUACAGCUUCAUUCAUCUGAGCUUUCAGGAGUUUCUCGCUGCUUUCUAUCUGUUUUAUUCAUAUGUGAUCAAGAACAAGAAACCACUGGAUGAAUUCAGAUUGUACAAAUCUGAUAAAGACUCUCUGGAUGAUCUACUAAGAUCAGCAGUAGAUAAAGCUCUCAAGAGUAAGAAUGGACAGCUGGAUCUGUUCCUGCAGUUCCUGUUGGGCGUCUCACUGGAGUCCAAUCAGAGACUCUUACAGGAUCUACUGACACACACAGAGAACAGCUUAGAGAGCAUCAGGAGAAUCACAGAGAACAUUCAACAGAAGAUCAAAGAUGGACGUGGACCCUCAUAUAGUGGUCUCUCCACUGAAAGAUCCAUCAAUCUGUUCCUCUGUCUGCUGGAAGUCAAAGAUCAGUCUCUGUCCAGAGAGAUUCAGGAGUUUCUGAAAUCAGACAAACACUCAAAGGAGAAACUCUCUCCGUCUCAGUGCUCAACAAUCUCCUACAUGAUUCAGAUGUCAGAGGAGCCGCUGGAUGAGCUGAACCCCAUGAAAUACAACACAUCAUAUGAGGGGAGAAGAAGACUGAUACCAGCUGUGAUCAACUGCAGAAAAGCUCUAUUUUCUGGCUGUAAUCUCUCAGAUCAGCAUUGUGAAAUUGUGUCUUCAGCUCUACAAUCUUCAAACUCUGUCCUGAGAGAGCUGGAUCUGAGUUACAAUGACCUACAGGACUCUGGUAUCAACUUCAUUUCUGAUGGACUGAAGAGUCCAAACUGUCAGCUGCAGAUCCUGAGUCUUGCUUGCUGUAAUCUCACUGCUCAGCAUUGUGACAGUUUGUCAUCAGCUCUACAAUCCUCAAACUCUGUCUUGAGAGAGCUGGAUCUGAGUAACAAUGACCUACAGGACUCUGGUGUCAACUUCAUUUCUGAUGGACUGAAGAGUCCAAACUGUCAGCUGCAGAUCCUGAGUCUUGCUCUCUGUAAUCUCACUGCUCAGUGUUGUGACAGUUUGUCAUCAGCUCUACAAUCCUCAAACUCUGUCCUGAGAGAGCUGGAUCUGAGUAACAAUGACCUACAGGACUCUGGUGUCAACUUCAUUUCUGAUGGACUGAAGAGUCCAAACUGUCAGCUGCAGAUCCUGAGGUUGUCUGGCUGUAUGGUGACAGAGGAAGGCUGUGAUUAUGUGUCUUCAGCUCUGAGUUCAAACCCCUCACACCUGAGAGAGCUGGAUCUGAGCUACAAUCACCCAGCACAAUCAGGAGUGCAGCUGCUCAACCACAAACUGGAGGAUCCAAACUAUAACCUGCAGAUACUCAAUGUGGAUCAUGGAGGAGAGGUCAUGAUGACAGCAGGACUACGAAAGUAUGCCUGUGAUCUCACACUGGAUCCAAACACAGCACACACUCGACUCGUUCUGUCUGAUGGGAACAGGAAGGUGACGCGUGUGUAUGAGGAUCAGCCGUAUCCUGAUCAUCCAGAGAGAUUUGAUGUGUGUAAUGAGUCUCCUCAGGUUCUGUGUAGAGAGAGACUGACUGGACGCUGUUACUGGGAGGCUGAAUGGAGCGGAUAUGGUACUGAAAUAUCAGUGGCAUAUGAAGGAAUCAGCAGGAAAGGAUGGAGUAUGUUUGGAGAGAAUGACAAAUCCUGGUGUCUGUCCUGCUCUAGAGGAUUCACUGUCCGUCACAAUAAGAACAAAACUGUUGUACCUGCUGUCAGUUCAUCCUCUAAAAGAGCAGGAGUGUAUGUGGACGUGUCGGCCGGCACUCUGUCCUUCUACAGCGUCUCUGACACACACACACUCACACACUUACACACACUCAACACCACAUUCACUGAACCCCUCUAUGCUGGAUUUAGGGUUUAUUAUUCCUCAGUGUCUCUGUGUGAUAUUAAAGGAUAGAGAGACACUCUGUAAAUCCGCUUUCUGAUCUUCACACACACUCAUCAAAUCUCACUUCAUCACAUUUGUAUUCAUUCAUUUUUAAUUCAUGUUUUUUAUUGUCAUCUAGAAGUUACACAUCUAGAUCAGACACACACACUGUUCUGAAUCUGUAAUAAACAGAGUAAUAAAGUUGCUUUAAUAUUCAUAUUGUAAAUUGUUCAUCAGAUUGAAUAAAAGUACAUUUGAGACUCA